CCACCAGAAUUCCAUCCAUCGAAAUUUAGUUAUACUCCUAUUCUCCAACUUUUUCUCUCCAUAUUUUUUCUUCGUUUUCCCUGAAACAUCAGAUGGCGCCAAAGGCAGAGAAGAAGCCCGCUGAGAAGAAGCCAGCCUUCGAGAAACCCACGGAGGAGAAGAAAACUGUGGCGGAGAAGGUACCAGCCGAGAAGAAACCCAAGGCUGGCAAGAAGCUCCCAAAGGAAGGCGGUGCUUCCGUCGGGGACAAGAAGAAGAAAAGAACGAAAAAGAGCGUGGAAACCUACAAGAUCUACAUCUUUAAGGUCUUGAAGCAGGUUCAUCCCGAUAUCGGAAUUUCUAGCAAGGCCAUGGGUAUUAUGAACAGCUUCAUCAACGACAUCUUUGAGAAGCUGGCACAGGAGGCAUCGAGACUCGCUAGAUACAACAAGAAGCCCACGAUUACUUCUCGGGAGAUCCAGACCGCUGUGAGGCUUGUGCUGCCCGGCGAAUUGGCGAAGCAUGCCGUUUCUGAGGGGACCAAGGCGGUGACUAAAUUUACUAGCUCUUGAAGCCGUUAUAUUUUCAUUUGAGACUAGGGUUUCAAUGAGUUCUUACGAAAUUGUUGAACAUAUUAGGGAUAGGGUUCUGUCUUUCAAUAUUGCUAUGUUAUUUCCAAUUAAAUAGAUGGUUGUGGUUCUGUAACUACUGAUGUUUGAUAAAUGAUUUAAGGAAAUACAUUUGAAGCCA